AUGACCGGGGGAAAGGAAGGCUCCGAUACAAAACUUUUAGAUUGUGAUCCAGGGGAUCUCUACACUUAUUCGGCUCAGCGAUGGAUCUGGAACGAGGCGCAGCAGCUGCAAAACAGAUACGUUUCAUUCGAUCUAAAUGCUUUGAUCAAAAUCGCGGAGGAGGCAGCUGGGGAUAAUGCGGUUUGCGUCAAUAUCUCGAAGCUCCCGGAAGGGAACUUCAACAAAGCGUUUCUUGCUACCGUGCAGGACGGACGGGAGUUGUUAAAAUCCCAAAUCCAAACGCAGGACCUAGCCACUACACAACCGCGUCUGAAGUGGCAACAAUGCAAUAUGGAAAGCCUCCACCUUCCUGUCCCUAAGGUUAUCACUUACUGUUCCCGGGUUGUGGAGAGUAAACUAGGCUCAGAGUAUAUUGUCAUGGAAAAGGCCCAAGGGAUUGAACUGAGCCGCAUGUGGGAAAGCCUUAAGCCGCGGGACAAACUAUCAAUCACGGAGCAAAUUGGCUCCAUUACCUCCACACUCUCUAGGGCAGGGUUGCCAUAUCAUGGUUCAUUAUACCUUCGUAAGGAUGUCUCAGAGUCUGAAAGCAUCAAAUUCGAUGAUACCUUCGCAAUCGGACCGACAACAGGGAGAGCGUGGUUUGAUGACAGAAGAGGUGAGGUUGAUAUCCAUAGGGGCCCCUGGGCAAGUUCGAGCAGCACCAUGAAUGCGCUGGUUAAGCGAGAGCUAGCCUGUGUGAGUAAAUUUUCAAAAUUUCCUCGAGAUACCCAACAGGGCAUUUUCAAUGGACCUGGUGGUUAUCAUCCUACAAAAGAAGCAAAAUUGUCUGUUCUACAGGACUUUCUUAAGAUAUAUCAACAUAUCUUACCAAAAGAUGAUGGGCUCAACGCGGGUAUAAUCUGGCACAACGAUCUACACUCCGACAACAUCUUCGUUGACCAAGAUAAACCCACCACGAUAACGAGUAUUAUCGACUGGCAAGCUGUUCCUAUUUAUCCGAUGUUCCUUAUUGCCUACCAUCCAUCUCUUAUAGAAUUUGAUGGCCCGAAGCCAGAGCGGUUCGUUCGACCUAGCCUUCCGGAGAAUAUCAAUGAUCUUAAUCCCCAAGACAAAAAAGCCGCUAGUGAGCUGUUUCUUGCACAGACGCUCUGGCUUUACUACGAGACACAAGUGUAUAAGGAAGCCCCGGACUUACUUCAUGCAUUUCAAUAUCGGGAAACCUUGCAGUCUGAGCUAUUAGGUCUAGUGGGGUCAAUAUUUGAUGAUGGAGAACCACAUGUCCAAAAGCUUCUUGCUGAUGUCACGAGGGAUGAUGUUUGGAGGCAGCUAGUUGGAGAGGAUAAUUGCGGCAACUCAAGGGUUCCUUGCCCCUUGAGCUACACAGAACAUGACUUGGUUAAGCAGAGCGAGGAGUACGCCAAAUGGGAGAGAGAUGUCGAGCGUAAAGCGCAAGUGAUUAAUGAGUUAGGAGUGUAUACAGGCUGGAAUGGGGCUGUGUCUCCUGAUGAUUAUGAUGAAGUUGUUAGCAGACUUAAACUUGCCAAAAAGAGGUUUUUGGACCGGGAAUCAAAAACUUCUGAGGAACGAGUGUUGUGGGAGAAGGCAUGGCCUUUCGAGGAUAAAGCCAGUGAAUGA